GUAGGGCUGGCUGAUCACUCCUUUCUUGAGUGAUGCUGAUUUUUGGGUGGAGGGGACACUUGGGGAAGCAGCACAAGAUGCAUGUGGAAGGCUUUGUCUCCAGGAUAGUGUAAGGAUAAACUCCCAAACUGAUCUUUCCCUUUGAUAAGACAAGCACACUCCAGAAAAACAUAUACCACUAGUCUGCUGAUGUGAGGAACAAAUAAAAGCUGCUGGAAGCAGUUGCUUUAACAGCACAGGAAAUGUUCAGUUGUUUAGUUUUAGUUAUCAUUAUUCUACACCCUUCUAUUCCACUCCAACAUCUACAGUGAGCCAUGGGCCAGCAGAGACUGAGCAAGACAAGCUUUGAACAUGAGCCAAACAAAUGGACCUCAGCAUGGAGUGCUUGGACCACCUUCAGUAUCCAGCAUGGAUUAAACCUCCACACCAAAUUCCAUGAGGGAUGUGCAGGACUGGAUGAGGUAUCAAAGCUGUUGAUGGGUUUUCCUGCAUUUUCAAAGUACCACAAGCAAAUCUCAGCUGUAUUCUGUGACCACAGCUUGGCUCCUCGGCCUGGAGGGGUAACAUGAUACUGCAAAUAUUGAACAGAUCAUUGGAGCUGUGGAGUCCUUCCAGAUGUCUGGGCCUCCUUUCUUCUGAGUCAGUGCUGGACAAUGUUCUUCAUUCUGUAAGCCACUGUUAGAAGUGUGAGCAGUGUUGCUGGUCUCUCCCCUUCAAAGUGCUUGUCACACCUGCCAGGAGCAAGGCUGGGGCUCAUUGAGGGUUGUUGCCCCAUUCAGGCCUGGUUUUGCUGGGCUGUAUUUGGGUACAGACCAUGGAAUCACAGCACCACUGAGCAAAGGGUUGUGCCUGUGUGCCCUGGGCCAUUGUCCUGAGUGAAUGUUUGUGGUUGCUUAAAGAAUCACCAGCAAAGGUAUCAGCAAAAGCAGGUUUAGUAUAGAAGUGAAAGUUCCACAAAGUUGUUGGCAAGGUUCGCUCUACUACUUACUACGUGGUAAAAGCAAGCUAAAAUGUAGAACCAGUCAGUCUAAAGCCAAAAUCAACCCAAAAAUUAUCUACAUUGAGGCUGGGGAGGGAUGAGGAUAAGGGGUACGAAAGGGCAAUGAUAAAAGGAGGCACAGGAUGAAUCACAAGGUUCAGAGUGGACCCCAUUGCAAAACUGAGCCCCAGACUUGACCAACAGUUUAGGCCCAAAACUUUAACAGCACUGAAAAGCAUAAGCUGUUAAACUAUUGCUUAUGCUGAAGUUAAACAAUUUAACAAUUUCAUACAACAUUUAUUUAAAAAUUUAAAGUACUUAAAAAUCUAGGAGAGCAAUGUCCAUAGUAUGUGUGCUGUAGUGCAUUCCCACUCACACACAGACCUGAAGGAGCGUGUAUAAUGUACCUCUGAAAAAUUCCCCUUGAGCUCCUGGGAAUACUCAUAUCAGAUGUCUUUGCUUCUUCUCAACAGGCAAAGGGUUGAGCCUCGAGGAAUGGUCAUAAUUCCUUUCCCUCCUGGCCACAAUUCAGGUCAGCAGCUUUCUUUGAAAGUUUGAUAACAAAAGUGUUCUGCUUGGGUUGUUAUUCAGGCAAGAAAAAUAAUUUUCCAAGGCUGUUUGUUGAAAAACAGGAGCUUGUUAGCACAAGUUCCUGGGAGCAGACAGUGUUUUUGUUAAGAUUGAGAGUUGCUCAGCUCAGGUGCUGUUCUCAAGGCCAAGGCCUAACAAGCAUUUCUCAGAUCAGAGUGCAGCUCAAGAAUCUACCCCGUGACUAAAGACAACUUCUCUCACUCCACAGAGUGGCCAUGUGGCCACCUCUUGUCUCUGUGCCUAUAAACAGGGAUUUAUUAUGUCCAAAUUACAAAUUGAGAGCAUUUUUUGAUCAGGUUAGGUAAAUACUGUGAUUUUCAAGACUGUUGAAUGUGAUGGAACACUAUGAUGUAUGCAAGGACAUCUGUGGGACAGUGCUACCUGUUUAGCUCCAUAUAGAACACUACACUACAUUAAGAAUAAAAUUACAGAAAUCAGCAAAGUUACAACAGGAUGCAGUGUUUGAUCUGGAAUUCCUGUUGCAGUAGGAGACCACCCAAACACCAGUGAUAUUCUCCAUUUCUCAUCACUCUUGGCAAGACAUGGUGAUCUCUUCUGUAUUGUGAUGAACAGCAAUUAGAAAUUUGUGUCCAUUGCUUCAGACACCUUCCAGCAGUCAACACAGCUGGUUGUGCUGCAGUAAUUUUUCCAUCAGUGCAGGGUUCAUUCUAGUGAGGGUGAGCAGGAGAUCUUGCUGGGAUGUGUAAGUAGAUUGUAGCAAUUGAUGGGUUGUGACAGAACUGAAUAGUUGAAGUUGCAUCCCCUAAUUUUGGAGAAAACUAUAAAGCCAAAUGUUUGAGUGAUGGCUUAUUUCUAUAGUGGAGUGGUCUCUAUGGAAUCACAAAUAGUUCUUACUCUUCCCAAUGUAUAUAAGUACAUUUUCAAGAAUUUCAGCAGGACAAAUUUCAAAAUGACAAAUACUUUGUUCAGUGCCAAGACAAAUGUCUUGGGCAUUAGUAGCAUUACUUUCACAAAUAAAUCCCUGUUGUUCCUGUACAGCACAGCAACAGUGACAGCUUGCCAUUUGUUCCCAUUUUGUGUUGUAUUGGAAAUAAUUCCAUGGUGAUUUAACCCUGGUGCAAUGGUUUGGUAUAUGGGGUUUACCAAAGCAGUGUUUAUUGUUAAAGCAAAAGCUGUGACUUUACUGUUGGUAGGGUCAGAAGUGAACUAGAUACCACCAAGGUUGAAAUUUUCAUUAAAAUUUGUUUGCAUUAUCCCUGAUUACCUUUUACAUUUCAGUGGUCAAGGUACCUCCAUAGCUUUCCCUUAUAGUUGCUGCUGCAGUAAAUUGUCUCCACCACUGAGCUUGGAUGCAGCUGCAGACAGGGAGUCAUGCAGGCUCCAGAAUGAGGAGAGCAAAGAGGAAGGAGCCUGCUGGCUGUGCCCAUCUCACUCUAUUUCCUGCCACCACCUCUCAGAUGGGAUGCUUGGACACCUGGACACGUGGGAUUUGCCUGCCCAAGAGAACAGGGAAUUGUGAGAAGCCCCUGUGGUUCCCACCCCAUCAGACAUGGAGAAGAUGAGGAAGAAAGUGGAAGCCAGUUCAAGAGACAUCACCAAGGCAGAAGCUCUUCCAGCCCCUCUGGGUCCUCCCCCUGAGCCACCCCCUCCUUUGGGGUCUGCAUCCCUGGUACUUUUGGGGAGCUGCUGCCCCUUCUUGGCUGCUGAGGAUGUGCUGAAGGCCAAGCCCUGCCUGCAGAGCCCUGUGCCAGCCUGGCUGGGCCCUGCACUGCCCCAGGCUCUGUGCAGACCAUGGUGGAGGCAAAGGACACAAGGGACCCUGUCCUGGGGCUCACCCUGCCAUCCCACUCUCCUAGGUCAGGGCUCUGUGCCCUCCACAAAAAGAUCAAGGACUUGAAGGUGGAGCAUGUGGCAGAGAACAUCUGGACCAUCCAGGAGUCUUGACUUGGUGAGCUGCCACCAGUACCCCCUGGAGAUGCCCCUCUCUUUGCUGCUCUGCUGCCCCUUCCCUGCAGCCCUUGGAGGCUCCCAGCAUGAAGGGCACCAGGAGGGAAGAGUGGGGAGAGUGGGGAGCAUGUCCCAAAGUGGAAUGUGAGAGCUCAUUCCAAGCCUCCUGGAGCCCCUUACACCCCUUUCUCCAGCCCCAGAGGAGGUGGCAGCAUGAUGUGCUGGGAUGUGCUGCAGGAUUUCCUGGUGGGCAGCAAAGCAGAAGGAGGAAGAGGAGGCCAAGACCUGCCAGUGGAGCAGGAUUGCAGCCCCCAGUAUCUCCAGCCACUGUGUGCCCCAAGGUCUCUGCUCCUGUUCCCUGCACAUCCCACCAGGAGGCACAGCUUGGCACAGACAGAGCCAGGGCAGCUCUGGUGUGCUUUCUGUCUUCUGCUCAGAAAAGGGUCAUACUCAGGGUGAUGGGAGGGACAGCAGGAGCUGGUGAUUCAUUGGGGCCAGGCUGCAUUGACAUCCCACCACAGCCUUUCCUUGCUCAGCAUCAAGCAGGACAGUCAGGGGAGAUGUCAGUGAUCCUAUUGCUUGGUGGUCAGACCUGCAGGUUUAAAAGGGAAUUUCUAGUUGAUGUUUUCUGUAAGGAUUUAUCUGAUGGAUCACUCUGGUUGAAAGAUUUUCCCCAGUGUUUGAGUCCUUUACUUCCUAGGCUUGUCUGGAGGAUUGUGUUUAUCUGCUUUUCCCUGCUUGUAUGGCUCUUUGCUUUGGAGUGAGGUGCUGAAAAUCUGUGUAUUGAUGGAGUCAGCAGCAGCUUUCCACUGUUACCACAUCUAAAGGAGAAGGGAAACUCAUGCUUUUGAGACCUCAAAAAUAAAUGAGGUGCUUCCUCAAAAAUAAAUAGGAGGUGCUUCCCAUCUGGGGCUGGUCUCCACCUGGAGUGUUCUGGAAUGCUCCAGGCUGUAGAACAUGGAUUACCUCUCCACAGGACACAGUUCUCCUGGACAGACUCAACUCACUGUGAGCAGCUCCUGGGGCACCACCUGGCCGAUGUCCUUGGAGUCAUUUUGGGGCUGAAAGUGGUAAAGGCUGGAGGUGUUGUGGCACAUGGACCCAGCAGCUCCUGUUGGUUGCUGGAACCUGGACAUCACCAGCAGCAGGGGACAAUGGGGGCAUUCUACUGGGGCUGAACCAUUGCUGUGUAACAAUGGGCACUCUGCCAGGACAGGGGGACACUGUAACGAGGGACACAACUGGCACGGGCUCCACAACAAGGAGGAGAUUGAAGAGUUUGCUGGCUGUGCACCUCUUCCUCCUCCUACCACCUCCUGCCACCUCCUACCACCUCCCAUCCUACCUGCUCCUCUCUGGAGCAAAAGCACAAGAGGCUCCUGUUCAUGGCAGUUUGGUGUUUUUGGACAAGUCAGCAGCAAUGGCAACAUUCACUCUGGGCCAGAUGCUGGAGAUUGCCCUCGGGUCAUCAAAAGCUGGACCCGUUGACUUUGAGCAGCUGUACAGCCUCCUGAAUGGGAUGCUUUUGCACCUGGGCCUGCGGGAGCUGGCUGUGCAGGCUAAUGGGGAACCAGUGGAGGGGUCUGAGAGAAACCUUUUCUCUUCCUCUCUCCUUGAGGAGUUAAUGAGGAGAAUGGAAGCCAAUGAAAAAGAAAUCACUGAGGUAGAGGCUCUUCCCAGCCCUGGAUGCUCCCCCCAAGCCACCCACUCCUCUGGGGUCUGAACCUUCUCAUGCUGCUGAGGAUGUGCUGAAGGCACUGCCCAGGCCAGGCCCUGAACUGCCCCCAGCUCUGUGCAGACCAUGGUCAGAGCUCUGUGCCAGGGGCUCCGUGAGGAGGUCACUGAGAUGAAGGUGGAGAAUUCCCGCCUGGUAGAUGAAAUGCAGAAGAUGCAGGAGGAUUUUGGCACGAACAUGGAAAACCUCCGUAACCAGCUGUUGUCUGCCAUGACGGAGAUGAUCCAGACCAAAAAAGGAAUUGGAACCCGGGAACUGGAUGCUCUCUCUACCCACUCACGCCCAUUGGAUGACGAAGACCUGAUUGUCAUCGGCAAUGAAUUUCCCCUCGUGGAAAGACCCGUAUCAAGGAUGGGGGACAUCCGGCCCAUCACCCCUAUGCCCCAAAAGGCCAAGACACAGAGCAAAGAGAAGGGUUUGAUGGAGCAAAGCAGCCACCCGGUCUCCGAGGCAAAUGACACAGGACAGACCGCGGGACGCAGUGACAUGGCACGGAAGGGCAUGGCAGGGACUGCAGGACAGUAUGACAUGGGACGGAGUGACAUGGGAUGGAAGGGCACAGGAGGGACUGCAGGACAGUAUGACAUGGGACGGAGGGGCACAGGAGGGACUGUAGGACAGUAUGACAUGGGAUGGAGGGGCACAGGAGGGACUGUAGGACAGUAUGACAUGGGACGGAAUGGGGGACAGAAGAGACGAAGUGUGCAAUUGAGUGACGCAGGACAGAGUGACAUGGGACAGAUCAGGGAUGAAGAGACCGAGAGAAGAAUUUCCAAGGCAAAGACUCUUCCCAGCGACCUCGAUGUUCCUCCUGAGAUGAUCGAUGUGGGAGAGAUGAAGGAUGAUGAGAUCAAGAUGCGCAUGUCCAAGGCAGAGGCUCUUCCCAGCAACCUGGAUGGUUCCCCUGAGAUGACCAGUACGGGAGAGAUGAAGGAUGAAGAUAGCAAGAUGAGCAUGUCCAAGGCUCCUCCCACCAUUCAGAAAAUGAGUUUGGAUGGUUUCACUGCCUCGGGAAUGCAUCCAGGAGCCCCUGGCAUCCAAUCCCCAGUCCACUGGGUGCAGUCAAUGCGAGGCCACCCAGGAUCCCAGAACGUCUGGACCACUGACAGGAGUGGGGCUGAGACUAGAAGACGCUCUCAGAACUUCCCAUCCACGAUGCGAUCCCCCAGCUUCUCUGGGCACCUGGCCCGUGCUUUCAAGCGGCACCCGUGUGUUCGAGUACCCCAGCAAAGGGAGCUGCCACCCGCAGGGUAUUCCCGCCGAUCACCACUGUACUCUGGGGGCAAACACACCACCACCUAUGCCGUGCAGCCCAUGGAGCCCCUCCUUCCAGACCCCAACAAGGUAGGGAUGGGGAAGGUGGGGAUACAGACAGCAGAUACCGAGGCUGGGAGGGUGAUGCUGAGUGUCUGGGGGAGGAUCUAUGCCUCAGGAGGAGCUGUGUGGAGAGGCUGGCUUGGGGAUGCUGAAUGCAGCCCAGCAUGGCAGCCAGCCCAUCUCCUCCUCCCCAGCCUGGCGUGUGUGAGCUGAUGGGCAAGGAUGGACUCUUGUACCGGGGCCGGGAACCCUAGGGGCUGGACUGAGCAAGUGACUCCAGCCUGCAGAAAUAAAGGGUAACGAGCAGCCGAGCACCUGUGCCUCCUGAGCAGAGCAGGAUCUUCUCUUCAUGCACAAGGAGGGGCUGGCAGCAUCCCUCAUCCUGAGAACAGCCCCUGUGGAACCCCCUCCCACGGUCUGGGUCAGCCCCUGGUGUCGUGCACCCCCUGGCCCUCACGAGCCCCACUUGUGCCCUGCCAGGGCAACCUGUGGCCUCAGAAGGGGUCUGGAACAGCAGCAGGAGGAGGAAGAGGAGGAGCUCAUUUGUUGCUGGAGAAUGGGAAAAUGGGGAUCUCAGUGGGAAGGGCAGCAGCAGAACAGAGUUUGAUGCCAAAAGCAAAUCCCACCCCAAGCCGCUGGUUUGCUGUCACCUAUCCCCCGGGAGAAAUAUCACUGAGCUGCCUUCCCAUCUCCAGGUGAAGGUCACCCCUUUGUCCCUCUUGAUUAAAGGCACAAGCCUCUCUGCUCCCCACCUCCAAAAAUACACCACAACCCCUGGAGAGUGACAUGUCCCUUCCUUCCCCUUGUGCCACCUCUCCCUUGUGCUUCUCCCCAGGCCCCUGUGCCACCCCCCCCUCACUGGGGACGGGAGGAAGCCGCAGUGGGUGCUGAGACAACACAAAGGGGGGGAUAUUGGGGCAGGGAAUCCCUAGAGCAGCACGGGGGUACUGAGGGGUAUCACAGCUGGGGACACCUGGCUGUGCACAGGGGGCUGGGGAUGUCCCCUCUACACACAGGCAGUGACACUUCCUGGGGGGACACACAGCUGGUGGCACCUCUCGGGUGAGUGGGAGGGUGGGAAACCUUGAGGGGAACCCCAGAGAAACGUGGGGUAACCCAGAGCUUAUGUGGGACAUCCCCUAGGAGCUGCUCUGUAGAAACCCUGCCCUCCUGGUGGAUGUCCCCAAACUUUUUCCCCCCAGGGACAGCCUCCAUCCCUGUCUGCUCCACUGCACUCCACAGACAUCUUAGCUCCCAGGAGUUCCCCCUGAAAUGUUCUCCCUGGUGGGUUUGGUUUUUCAGGGGAAAACCAGGUAUUCAAAACCUGCUCUUGGUGUACUGAGGUGACACAGCAGGAUCUAGGAUGCCCCCAGUGCCACCUCUUGUGGGAUAACUGGGAACACUCUGAGCAAACCACUGGGCACCAGAGCAGAGCCAACAAAGAACCAUCCUGCACUCCUGGCUGGGGUUCAGUGGCUGAAAAACAAACAUCUUUGGGACCAAUUGCAUUUUCAGGACAUGGCCCAGCUGGGGUCACCUCUUUGGUGCUCAUCAUCUCCCUGCCCCUUUUGCUGCCCCAGCUGUACCCUAUAAACACCCCAGCCCCCUGUACCCCUUGAACACACUCCCAGCCUUGGGUGAUCUUUGGAGCAGGUAAAUUAAUCCCAGAUGGGGGAGUUUUUUUACCUUUUCUCCUUGGAGUUUGUGCCAUCCUGGGGUCCUCCCCAUCCCUACAGGAAGCUUUGGACUGCCUUCAGCCUCCCUGUCUUUCCUGGCAUUUCCAGAGCUGCUGUGUUCCCAUUUUUGGGGUUUUACCCCAGCUGUUUGUUGUGUGAGCACAAUGACCACAGGCCUGCUGAGCUCCCAUGUCCUCUGGCUGGUGACCCUUCUGCAGAGGGGGACAUCAUCCCCUCCCCAAGUGUCCCCACCAUGCUGAGGCCUGGGGGGGCUCAUUACUGGGUGGGUGAUGGGGCUGGGGGCCCAGGUUGCUGGGGGGCUUUUGGAAGCUGUGAGAUUUUGUGAGGGGACAGACAGAGGUGUUGGCUGCAGCCCCUGGGGGCUCCUCACUGAGCUGGCACAGCACCCCCAUGGCCCUGGCUCUUCCCUUCCCUCUGAUCCCUCCUCUUUGGGGACAGCAGUGGUGGCUUGUGGAGGCAGAGCAUGGACUCGAGUCCCCACUGGUCCCACUGCCUCACACAGGAGUCACCCUCAUGUUCAGUGCCCUGCCAGGGACACCCUCCCAGAAGAGAGAAAAGGCAGGGA